AUGCCUAACUCUUUUGGUAUUCGCGCUCGUACGCGCUAUAUGUUCUCUCGUAAAUUCCGCGAGCAUGGAUCUAUCAGGCUUUCAACCUACCUUAAGACGUACAAGGUCGGCGAUAUCGUUGACAUUAAAGCCAACGGUGCCGUCCAAAAGGGUAUGCCCCAUAAAUUUUAUCAUGGUCGUACUGGUAUCAUUUACAAUGUAACAAAAUCAGCCGUCGGUGUAAUCAUUAAUAAGCGUGUUGGCAACCGUUUUAUUGAAAAGCGGGUUAAUAUUCGUGUUGAACAUAUUAAACAUUCGAAAUGUAGGGAUGAUUUCCUACGUCGUGUCAAGGAAAAUGCGAUCAGGAAAAAGGAGGCUAGAGCUAAAGGAGGUAGGAAAAUUUCACGAUAG